ACCAUCCCCAUCCCCAAUUCCUUAACCACACAAGCAGCGGGGUUGUUUUCUUUCUUCUUUCCUUCCAUUAUCCUUCGCCAGAGCUUCCAGUAAUGGAGCACCGAACGCGAAGCUGGGCCUUGGGCCUCAGCAUCCUGGGCUUCUUUGCCCUCCUCUUCUCUGCUGGCUUUGUCCAGCAGGCCCACGCCAAUGACACUGAGGCUAUGGGCACUGUUAUCGGUAUUGUAGGUUGCCCGCAUUUCCCUCCUCCCCCUUCCCAUCCCUCGUGUUGGGCAAAGCAUUCUAACAACGCUUCUUUGACAGGAUCUCGGAACCACCUACUCGUAAGUUACCCGUGCACGAAUUCGCUACCCGACACCAUCAUAAACACGAUCACCCCGCGGGGCAUACGGCGUUUGCUAUCAACCUCUACCACCAAUCUACGUCCCGGUUUCGACAAACGAUACACAUUGUCUUUUGGGGACAAGGAAACUAACAACCUCGUAGUUGCGUUGGUGUGAUGCAGAAGGGCAAGGUCGAGAUUCUCGUCAACGACCAAGGAAACCGUAUUACCCCGUCUUAUGUCGCCUUCACCGAUGAGGAGAGACUUGUUGGUGACGCCGCCAAGAACCAGGCUGCGUCCAACCCCCACAGAACCAUCUUCGACAUCAAGCGUCUCAUCGGUCGCAAGUUCUCGGACAAGGAUGUCCAGAAUGACAUCAAGCACUUCCCUUACAAGUAAGCUC